UACAUACAUCAUUCUGUAGACAUUACUUUAAUAGUCGACAAUGAGACGAAGGCGCAUCGCCUCCGCCGCCGCUCUUCUCCUCCUUCUCACCGCCGCUCUCUUCUCGAUCUCCGGGGGAGUCGACACCUUAACUCCGGAUCUGCCUCUCCUUGACAAUGGAACCGCCGCCUUGGUCUCCGCCGGCGAAACUUUCCAGCUGGGCUUCUUCAGCCCCAACGGAUCCACCAACCGCUACAUCGGCAUAUGGUACAACAGGAUCCCCGUCCAGACCGUCGUGUGGAUCGCCAAUCGUUGGAGCCCCAUGACUUCCCGCUCGGGCAACCUCUCUUUGACCGCAGCCGGGGAGCUCGUCCUCACUGACGGAAGCUCCGGUGUCCUCUGGACUUCCGGCGCGCCUGAUUCGCCCCUCUCGAAUCCCGUCGCGCAGCUCCUCGACGACGGGAACUUCGCAGUCCAUGAAGCCGGCGGCGGCUCUGACGAAUUCGCGUGGCAGAGCUUCGACUUCCCAGCGGAUACCCAUAUUCCGGGCAUGAUUGUGGGGCAGAGGAGGCUGAAGAAUGGGACCGAUCUUGGCAUCAACAUCACGGCGUCGACGAGCGAUAGCGAUCCGACUCCGGGUGGGUUCGUCUACGGCCUCGAUCUGCGGGGAGACCCGCAGCUGUUCAUUUGGUCAGGGAUGCAGCAAUACUGGCGCGCGGGACCAUGGAAUGGCCGGUGGUUCAGCGGUGUCCCGGAGAUGGUGGACACAGCCAACGGACUCCUAAGGUUCGAUGUCGAACCCAAUCAGAUGACCUUCCUUCGCAGCGAGCAGUCUUCUGCCCUCUUGAGGUUCGUCAUGCAUUCCUCCGGCCACCUACAGCUCAUUGUUUGGUUAGAAAAUAGGCAAUCUUGGAAUACAAUUUGGUAUGCUCCCAAGGAUAUCUGCGAUUCUUUGUCGUCCUGCGGCCCCAAUGGUUAUUGCCGCCAAAUCAUCACCCCGCAAUGCGUGUGCUUGCAGGGGUUUCACCCGAGCAAUCCCAGCAAUUGGCAACUCCGAGAUGGGACGGAUGGUUGCCUGAGGACGACGCCGUUGGAUUGCCGGAAUGGGACCGACGGGUUCCUCACCCUGAGAAACACCAAGCUACCGGAUACCUCGAGAUCGAUGGUGAACGCAAGCUUGACCCUUGACCAGUGCAGAGCUUCGUGCUUGAGCAAUUGCGAUUGCACAGCUUAUGCUGCCUUAAACAUCAGUGACAGUGACAGUGGCAAUGGCUGCAUAACGUGGACAACCAAUCUGACCGAUAUCACAGUGUAUCAAAGUGCCGUAGGACAAGAUCUUUAUGUCAGGCUUGCAGCAGCUGAUUUAGUGCCUGAGCCCUCUGAUCAUCGCCGUCGGAAUCGUUUCGCGGUUGUCAUUGUCGUUCUUUCCGUGGUGAUUGUCCUCCUUUCCUGUCUUGCUUUCUGCCUUUGGAGGAGGAAGAAGAAGAGAAGUACCAUCAAUGGUGUUGAUAUUAUUGAAGAAACAGAAGAAAGAGACUUAGACCUACCAUUAUUUGACUUAGGCACAAUUAGGAAUGCCACCUGCAAUUUCUCUUUUCAGAACAAGCUUGGCGAGGGAGGUUUUGGUCCAGUAUACAAGGGUAAGAUAGGGGAGGAUCCAGAAAUAGCUGUGAAGAGGUUGUCUAAGACAUCGACUCAAGGUUUGGAUGAGUUCAAAAAUGAGGUGACAUUGAUUGCAAAACUGCAGCACAGAAAUCUUGUUCGACUUCUUGGUUGUUGCGUUCAAGAAGAGGAGAGGAUAUUAGUCUAUGAAUACAUGCCUAAUGGAAGCUUAGAUGUCUUCUUAUUUGAUGAGGUUAAAGGCACUUACUUGGAUUGGCGAACACGAUAUAACAUAAUAGUUGGAAUUGCUCGAGGACUUCUUUAUCUUCAUCAUGAUUCUAGAUUGAGAAUCAUCCAUAGGGAUCUUAAAGCUAGUAAUAUUCUUCUUGACAAAGAUAUGGAUCCCAAGAUAUCGGACUUUGGCAUGGCUAGGAUAUUUGGAGGGGACGUAUCAGAAGCAAAUACCAAGAGAGUUGUUGGAACAUACGGAUAUAUGUCUCCCGAGUAUAUCAUGGACGGAAUCUUUUCAAUGAAAUCAGAUGUGUUUAGUUUUGGCGUGUUGGUACUCGAGAUCAUAUGUGGUCAAAAGAAUAGAAGAGUCUAUCACACAUUGCAUCAUUUGAAUCUUCUAGGGCAUAUAUGGAACGCAUGGAAGGAAGGCAAUUGCUUAGAUUUUGUGGAUAAAAAUAUCGGCUAUUCUUUUCCAGAGGCUGAGGUCUUGAGGUGUACAAAGAUUGGACUUUUAUGCGUUCAAGAACGAGCAGAAGAUAGACCGACAAUGCCUUCGGUGUUGACAAUGUUGGGUAGCACCGGGGAUAUUUCUCUUUUGCCAGAACCUAAGCAACCAGGUUUCUUUUCUAACCGACCCCCAUUAUCACAAAUUUACUCAUCAUCAUCAAUGAGUAAUCAGGACAUAUCAUCUAGUAACAAAGUAACAAUUACAAAUAUAGACGGUCGAUAACAGUUGACCAUUUUAAAAUGUACUAUAAUUUAUAAUGAAAUAAUACAUUGUAUGAAAAAUACAAGUAAAAGUUAUUUUCUUUUUUAUUAAAUGAUUGACUACUUGAUUCAAAUGCUA